AUGAUGGGAACGUCGGCUCUCCUUCGCCAACAUUCUCACGGCAAGGAUGUUGCCCAAAUCAUCAAGGCAGCAAUCGAAGUCAUCGAAUACGUCAAGUCCCAGGGCCUCGAGGUCAGAUUUUCCACUGAAGACUCUUUCCGAUCCAAUCUCGUCGACAUUCUUUCCGUCUACAAGACCGUGGACAAGAUUGGGGUCAAUCGCGUAGGAGUUGCGGACACCAUUGGUUGCGCCAACCCGCGUCAGGUCUACGAUCUAAUACAAACCCUUCGAGGGGUUGUCUCAUGCGACAUUGAAACCCAUUUCCACGAUGACACCGGCUGCGCUACCGCGAACGCGUACACUGCCCUCGAGGCAGGUGCCACACACAUCGACGUCACAGUGCUCGGUAUCGGCGAGCGUAAUGGUAUUACGCCCCUCGGUGGCUUCAUGGCGCGCAUGAUUGUCCAGAACCGCGAAUACGUCACUAGCAAGUACAAGCUGCACAUGAUCAAGGAGCUGGAAGACAUGGUCGCCGAAGCUGUGCAGAUCAACACGCCCUUCAACAACCCCAUCACUGGAUUCUGUGCAUUUACGCACAAGUCCGGUUAUCACGCCAAGGGGGUCUUGAGUCACCCGAGCAACUACGAGAUCAUCAAUCCCGAAGACUUUGGGAUGACGCGAUACGUCCACUUCGAGUCAAGACUGACGGGCUGGCAUGCAGUCAAGACCCGAGUGAGCCAGCUUGGUCUGGACAUGCCGGACGAUCAAGUCAGAAUUGUAACGGAGAAGAUCAAGACGCUGGCUGACAUUCGACCAUUGGCUAUCGAGGAUGUGGAUUCUAUCAUUCGAAGUUUCCAUGCAGGUCAAUCGCGAGACCAAUAG